GUGCUGCCGGCGGAAUUCGGCGAUCAGAGUCUGUACUCAGUACUCGCUGAGGCUUCGCUCGAGUCGGUGCUGCGUAUACGUUGUACGCUGUCAGUCGCGGUUCGCACGCUCGAAGGUGUCAGUGAUUACGAUAUCGUUCCGCCAAUCGCGGCCGGCUGCUCCACGUAAACGAUAAACUAUCAGUCCGCCGCCGAUUUGUGCCGAAUGAGAACUGUUCAAGGCGAUCUAGCGUCCCGAUAUCGAAAGUGAUUUUACGGGAUAACGUUUCUAAAAUUACAUUAUCCUUGUGUGAGUUUUGUGCUCGUGAUCCAAGAUGAGGCCGAAGGAGGAGGUGGAUACAAAACUCCAGACGGGGGCAUUCAUUUUGUCCGAGAAGAUUGAUGACACCAAAUCGAAGAAAAAUGAAAAGGAAAUGAAGAAGGAGAUGAAGAAAUUGGAGAAAGAGAAACAAGAGCGCGAGAAGAGAGAAAAGAAGGCGAGGGAAAAGGAAAAAGAGCGUGAGAAGCAAUCUAAGAAAGGGAAAGUUAUGUGCGGCGCCUGUGGAGGCAAGUGCAGUGGCGAGGUGCUGCGCGUUUCCGACAAGUACUUCCACAUGGCCUGCUUCACCUGCCGUACAUGUUCUGCUUCGCUGGCUCGAGGUGGUUUCUUCUGCAAGGAUGGAUAUUACUACUGCCCGCAGGAUUACCAGCGUGCAUUUGGUACACGUUGUGCGGCCUGCAAUCAGUAUGUUGAGGGUGAGGUGGUCUCCGCUCUCGGCAACACUUACCAUCAGAAGUGCUUUACAUGCGCAAGAUGCAAACGCGCAUUCCCAUCAGGCGAGAAGGUCACAUAUACGGGCACAGAAGUAAUAUGUGCGACCUGUACAGCUGCGCCACAGAAGCAUACAGCGCGGGCAGCGAGGUCCCCUACGGCUUCACCCACUUCUCCUGCACCAAUCACGCCUGCCUCGCCAGUGUCACCUGUCUCAGAUCGUGACCAGAUCGAUCAGAGACAGCCGGAUCCAAAUGAAUGUGCUGGUUGCGGUCAAGAGCUGUCCGAGGGUCAAGCACUCGUAGCCCUAGACAGACAAUGGCACACGUGGUGUUUCGCCUGCGGCGAGUGUGGGACUGUUCUUCAAGGGGAAUAUAUGGGGAGAAAUGGAGUGCCGUACUGUGAGCGGGACUAUCAGAGGCUGUAUGGAGUUAGGUGUGCUUACUGCCAGAGGUUCAUUUCUGGAAAGGUUUUACAGGCGGGUGAGAAUCACCAUUUCCAUCCUACGUGCGCGCGUUGCAGCAAAUGCGGUGAUCCGUUUGGCGAUGGCGAAGAGAUGUUCCUUCAGGGUGCAGCUAUAUGGCACCCGCGUUGUGGUCCCGCGCCUCACGCCCCUCUUACUCCACUCGAUCCAUUGGCUUUAGAUCGCGCCUCUUCAGAACUACAGUUCUCGAUGCGGUCACGCACGCCGAGCGUCAACGGAUCAUACUGCAGCCCCUACAGUAGUCUCAAUAGGAAGUAUGGAAGCGGAUACCGUACAGUCUCCCCAGGGCUGGCCCUUCGGGAAUACCGUUCAUGUCGUUGCUCUUCUGAAACCUCUCCGCACCGCAUCACCGCGUUCUCCUAUCUUACCGGCGAACCUGCGAGGCUGCGACGGCCCGUUACAGUUGCGGAUAGGCCGCCAGCCUCUCCUCACUUUCAUAGGCCACCAUCAAGCGCCAGUAACCGAACCAGCUCUCGUCCGAAUAGUAAGGCAUCCUCUCGUCCCGGUAUGAGGGUGCUUGUGGACUCCAUGAGGGCUGAGACACCAAGGCCGAAAUCACCGCAUAUGAAUAACGAGGAACCAAUAGAAUUGUCCCACUACCCGUCAGCGUAUAAGCCCCCACCGGGUACCAAACCCAAGAUAGAACGGGACGAUUUCCCGGCGCCGCCUUAUCCUUACACCGAUCCUGAACGUCGCCGCCGUUGGUCCGACACAUACAAAGGCGUGCCUGAAAGUGACGACGAAGCAGAUGCCGCGAAAGUAAACGGAAACGGACACGAUAUUAAACUACGUAAAGAAGAACAGGAAUUGUCUAAGAUCGACUCUGGUAUAGCACAGGUGUUCUUAAAAGAAGUAAAGGAGCGUGAGAAGCUUCAACAGUGGAAGAAGGCUAACUUAGAUCCUAGAAAUGCCAGCAGGACUCCAUCAGCAGCCCGCGAGGCAAUGUCCCGUCUCCGCUAUUCGUCGCCAGUGGGCGCUUCGCCCUCUCGCACUUUGGACAGAGCGAAGCACCAUGACUGCGAGCUUGAUCAUCACCACGUUCCAUCAUAUAACGAACAAACAUAUCACACUAACGGUGUUGUAUCGUCUCUGCGUUCGGCACCGCGGCCCGGGUACGGUCUCUCCGCCAGGUCGCACACCUUCUCUUCUAGUACCGCUGGUGACUUCACAUUCAGCGGCUUAGGCGAUAAGACUCACAGCACUGAUUUCAGCAGCGGCAAAUCAGACAUUUCUGCCGGCUCCAUCACCGAUGUGGAUAGAAGUGCUGUGACAACAGAGGGCGGUAUACUAGUACGUGGAGUAACAGGUGCGGGCAGCGUUGUGGGCGCAGCCGGAGUAAGGGGCGGGUCCGUGAGACGCUCUCUGCCCAACAUGGCGACCUCGCAUCUCGUGCACGAACCGGCAAAACUCUACCCGUACCACCUAUUGCUGAUCACCAACUACCGUCUGCCGCCUGACGUCGAUAGGCUUAACUUAGAGCGACAUCUAUCGGACGCAGAGUUCGAAGCGAUCCUUCAGUUCUCUCGCGCUGAAUUCUAUCGUCUACCGCAAUGGCGUCGAAACGAGCUGAAGCGACGCGCACGUCUCUUCUAAUUUCUGUCGUUCUUUGACAAAUGUCAAAAUAUACAGCUUGUCAGAUUAUGUAACUUCAGUAAUGCGAUUUAAACGACAAUCUUACAGCCAACUAGCCACUAAACAGUUUCAAAUGAGUUUUAUCACAUUACUGAAGCACUUUGGCAUAGCUUAAUUUUUUAUAAAAAAAACCUUUUUACAAUUGCAGCAUAAAAGUUAGCCGCAUCUUAUUUUAAAUCUAUUUAUUUUAUCUUCGUCUCGUCACAAAUGUUUGUGAUGACUUUUA